AUGGAUUCUCAACAUUCAUUCACACCAUUGCCGGAUUAUCUAUUCAAGCCACCAAAGGUUGCAUUUAGGACUAAGGUAUUCCACCCAAACAUCAACAGCAAUGGAAGCAUCUGUCUUGACAUUCUAAAAGAACAAUGGAGCCCAGCAUUGACCAUUUCUAAGUUUUAUCAAGGAAUGAGGCUUAUUUUCACAUAUAAAAUUUGUCUAUCCAUGACUUUUUGUACUCUUAUCAUUUCUAUUGUUACUUACUGCUGUAAUCUCAUUGAUGUUUUUAUGUGUUUCAUACUACUUGUGCUGGUUUUAAAUUUUUUUUGGGAUUACAACACAGCCAGUGUUUACUGUGCUACCUGGGAUGCUAGCCAGCCAUUGUCAUGGCGUAGCCAAUACGGUUGGACUGCCUUUUGUGGACCCGCCGGACCUACAGGCAGAGACUCUUGCGGCAAAUGCUUAAGUGUGACAAAUACAGCAACUGGUGCUCAGGUAACAGUGAGAAUAGUGGAUCAGUGCUCUAAUGGUGGACUGGAUUUGGAUGUGAAUGUCUUCAACCAACUGGAUACAAAUGGAGCAGGCUACCAGGCGGGUCACCUUACAGUUAACUACGUCUUUGUUAAUUGCUAA